AUGGAAACACGAAUGACGAUCUCUCAAAAUAAAGAAUUUAUUCGAUACUAUUAUAAUUUUCGGCUCAACUUACAACGUGUUAAAAACCAUCACUAUACAAAAGACUAUCGACAAGCACAACAUGAUGCUAUUUGUAAUUUCAGAAAGCUGAUGGCAAUCGCAAAUCAGGAAGCAAAUGGAAAUAGCCAAUUAAGACACGAUUUCGAAUUAUGGCUAUUGUGGAACUUUGAAUUGAACCAAGAACAUUGCAAUCCGAUAAUGAAUCCAGAAUUAAAUUUUGAUGCAAAGACUAUCGAUGCAUUGAUGGUUGGAAUACAGCAGAAAAAGGAAACUAACAAAAUAAAUUUUGAAAAAGCAUUGCUCGAGUACGAACAUGUUAGAGGAACACUCACAAGACGAAUAGUGCAAAAAUCCCAAGCAAAAUAUGUAGUCAACUUUUUUGGGUCUAUUCUUCGCAAAAUAGUAGCAUUUGAUACAAUAUACAUGUAUGGCUUUUACCAACAUCGAUUGCAAGAAGAGCUCAAUGGAACAAUUCAACGCAUGAAAGAAUUGAAUUUUCCGGAAUUAGUUACUGAUCUGCAAGUACAAUGGCAAACAUUCAAAAAACAUGUACAAAAUACUGAAAAAUUAUGUCAACUGCAAAAAGAAGAAAUAAAUACUGCUUUUAAACAAUGUGAAUUAGAUGACAAACGCACAUUUUUGGAACAAUUAGGUAAUAAAAUCGGUGAAAUUUAUGAAAGUAUACGUGAACAACUACGGCAGAUUCGGAAUAAUGCAUUUACAAUCAAACAGGCUAUGUUAUAUCCGAUAUGUUCACCGAUAGAAAGUAUUAAAAAUAUUAGUCAUGUUUUCUGUCAUCCGAUGCAGACAGCGCGAGUUGCAUGUGAAUGGAUACAUGAUAAUCCAGGUAAAGCAGCAGUGCUUUUCAUCGGUAUUGCAGGUAUCUCAAUUAUUAUCGGAGGUGCUGUUGCGGUGGUUGGUACAGCUCUAUACACUGGUACAUCUAUAUUAAGUUUCACAGCCGCAGAUUUGAUUAUUGGAGGAGCUCUCGCUGGCUCUAUAAUGACCACUACAACAUUCACUGCUGUUGGUGGAAAAGCUGCUAGAGAGAGUGCCUUACAAGCCAAGAGCGCAGUUAAAGCUGAGAUAAUGCAACGACAACAGUCAUUAGAUGAGUUGAACCAUGAAGAAGAACAAUAUCGCCAACAAGCCAGAGAAGCCAUGAGAGAACAGCGAAGAAAAUAUGAAAUACAAAGAAGAGAGACAUCAUUAGAAGUUGUUAACACUAAUGGUACUAGCAAUAGCAGUCACUAUGAACCGUCUACCAUCGAAAGUGAUUCUGAUCGAUUAAAUGAUGCGGUGCAAGAACUGCAGUUUGCAAAGGAAGAUGUAUCCAGAGAACAGGUUGCGAGGUAUAGAGAAGAAAGAACUUUGAAUAAACAUCUUGAAGAUACAAUUAAACAAUAUCAGCUAUUAAAAGAAGCGAUCAAACAAAAACAAAACGACACAAUUAAAACAACAGCAAAACAGUUAGUUUCAACCCUGAAUGAACAAGACCGAUUUGAUGAUGCAACUAAAAUAUUGGAUGCAUUAAAAAAACAAGAUUAUGAUGAAUUACUUUCAAUUAUUGGUCAAUUUAGUUCGCUAAACAGUUCUUUCGAAAAUGAAGUCGGAGAAUCAACAGCAAAUGACACUGUUGAGGCGAAAUAA